AUGGACAACAGCGGCAAAGAAAAAGAGGCAGCGGCUUUAAUGGCCGAGGCGGAAAAGAAAAUGAAAUCUUCCCAGUCGUUUUUCGGAGCGAUGUUUGGAGGCUCCUCCAAGUUGGAAGAGGCGUGUGACAUAUAUGUGAGAGCGGCAAACAUGUAUAAAAUGGCAAAAAACUGGUGUGCUGCUGGAAAUGCAUUCUCUCAAGCCGCACGCCUCCACCUGCAGAUGCAAAGCAAACAUGAUGCAGCAACGAAUUACAUUGAUGCCGGAAAUGCCUUCAAAAAAGCCGAUCCACAAGAGGCAAUCAAUUGUUUAAACAGAGCUAUAGAAAUCUACACUGAUAUGGGACGUUUUACAAUUGCUGCAAAACAUCAUAUUACAAUUGCCGAAAUAUAUGAAACUGAGUUGGUGGACAUUGAUAAGGCAGUUGCUCAUUAUGAACAAGCAGCAGAUUAUUAUAAAGGUGAAGAAUCAACGAGUUCUGCCAAUAAGUGCCUCCUGAAAGUUGCAACCUAUGCCGCUCAGUUGGAACAAUAUCAAAAGGCAAUUGAGAUCUAUGAACAGAUUGGUACAUAUGCAAUGGACAGCACACUUCUAAAAUACAGUGCGAAGGAUCACUUUUUUAAGGCUGCGCUCUGUCACUUCUGUGUCGACCAUCAGAAUGCAACGAUUGCUGUGCAGAAGUAUGAGGAAAUGUUUCCAGCCUUUUCAGACUCGAGAGAAUGCAAACUGGUCAAGAAACUCUUAGAUGCAUAUGAGGAGCAGAACUUGGAUGCCUACACUGAUUCGGUAAAGGACUUUGACACCAUUUCACGGUUGGACCAGUGGCUCACGACAAUGCUCCUCCGGAUCAAGAAGACCAUACAGGAUGAUGAGAAUGACCUGCGUUGA